AUACGAUGCAUAUUUUUUAGCUAAUUCGGUGGUAUUGUGUCACUAAUAACCGCGUAUAUCUGUGUAUCGUUUUCAUGAUUUUUGAUAUUUAUUUAUUGAUAAAUAAAGCAUGAAUUUUUCUUAAAAUAAGUGAUUCGCUAAAAGUUAAAAUAAAUAUGAUAUUUUUCUACGUGCACAAUGUCAAAACAAAUGUUUUUCUAUAAAACAAUACUACAGUCAUUCAGUUACAUUAAAUUGAAUUAAUGAUAAAUUAACCACAUUAUAUUUCACAAUGGAUACUAUAAACUUUUUGAUUGUUGCCGGUCUUCUUCACUGCUCAUUGUUUUUUUUCAAUGUGAUCUUUAAGUCAUGUUUACACUAUCCAUAUUUUUUAUUCCUGGAAAAUACUGGACUAGAAAUCAAAACAUUGAGUUUAAAAUGGUACACUACAGCUUUUAAUCGUAAAAUUCUUAAAUGGGCAACAGACAGAUCUAGAUUUUGGACGUUAUGGUUUGAUAUUGGAGUUGUUGUCAGCAUUAUAUUGCUGCCUAUUGCAACAAUAAUUGUCUUAAAAAUGACGUUUGAUAAUUUAUUCUUUCAAUCAGAAAGUGAAGGAUCUAAUCGUCAGUGGAAUUUGGAGCCAAUGAUUCCUGGAAUCAAUAUUCCAUUUUCUGAUAUUCAAUAUUACAUUAUCACUUUGGGAUUAUGUAGUAUAUUUCACGAAUUUGGCCAUGCUAUGGCAUCAUCUCUUGAAAACGUUCAACUAUUUGGAGUUGGAUUAAUGUUAGCAUUCAUAGUUCCUUUAUCAUAUGUAUCUAUUGAUAGUGAUCAAUUAAAACAAUUGCGUUUAAAAAAUAAAUUAAGAAUAUUAUGCGCUGGUGUGUGGCAUAAUCUUGUUCUUGCUGUAGUUGCAGCAAUAAUUUUUUAUGUAAGUGGCUGGAUUUGGGCUCCACUAUUUCUCUCAAAUUCAGGCGUAUACAUACAGUCAAUUGAACCAAAUUCACCAUUACUCGGGCCUAAAGGUUUACUCAAUAAUGAUAUAAUUUACAAAAUUAAUGACUGCCCUGUAAAAAAUAAUAACGACUGGUAUCAUUGUAUUUUACAAUCAGUUAAACAACCUACGCCAGGUUAUUGUGUGGUAAAGUCCAUUAUUGAGGAAUAUGAUGAAUCAAUUCCCGCAACUGUAGAAAAUGGAGUUAUCAAUUGUUGUAGAUUAAAUGAAAAUUUAAAUGGCAAAUUAUGUUUCGAACAUGUCGAGGAUUCAGCAAUUGGACCUCUCCAAUUGCAAUUACACUCAUGUUUAUCUGCAAGAAUUCUAAUUGAACGUUCAAUCCGAUACUGUCAAUAUUCAUUUCAAUGUGCUGAAUUAAAUGCUCAUUGUAUGAUACCGCAGUUGAAUAAUUCAACUAAAAUUGUUCAGUUAUCAAGAAAAGAAGGAAGUGAUGUAUUAUUCUUGGGACAUCCUCAUGAAAUUUAUCAGAGUGUAAAAAUAUCUAACUGGAUACCUAGACACCAGUUUUUUAAUCCAAAUAUUCCUGAAUCCUUGGAGAUACUAUGUAAAUACAUGACCGUGCUAUCGGCAGGUCUGGCUGUAAUAAAUAUAAUUCCUUGUUUCUUUUUCGAUGGUCAAUACAUCGUAAUAGAGUUGUCUCAGAAUCUUUUGAGACCAUUUAUUAGUAAUAAGAGUAUGAGAGAUACAAUCCCACUAACAUUGGUUUCUGUUGGAACUAUACUUCUUACAAUUAAUAUUCUUUUAACAUUCAUUCGUAUGUGAUUGACAUGAUUAUUUAUUAUUUAGAUAGCUUUAAAUUCUUUUUUAAUUCAUUCAUGGAGUUUUCACCGUGCACAAUUAAAGAUUUUAUAGCAAACUGUAAGAAAUGAAAAAAAUAUAAAGGUUAUAUCACUUUCAUCCAUUUAAUACACUGAACUCACUUCAUCGGCAAUUUUCUUAUUUCCUUUAAAUUCAGAAGUUGCCCAGUUUUUUAAGUACUCUCUAUCCUGUUCAUUGGGUACUUGCUUUAUCGUCCUUAAAAUUUUGCGGUAAAGUGUAAGUACUUGUUGACGAACCAUAAACUAAAACAUAAAAUAAAUAAAGUACAAAUACCAUUCUGACAUACGUUCUUUUUCGAAUGUAAUUUUAUGAACAUCAGUACCUGUUUAAGAUCCAUGAAUGAAUUAAAUGCAUUAGCACCUUUAAUUAUAAUUUCAUAUAAUUUUUAUUUAGAUAAAUUUAACAUCAUAUUUUGGAGUAUUCUCCAAUAACAUUGAUAUCUUUUUGCUGCUGAAGUUGGUAACUGUUGACUGAAAUUAUAUCGUACUACUAGGUUGUAUACUUGGAUGAAUGAACUAUUCAAACUUAUUUUUUGUCACCAAUAAAAAUUAUUUAUUACAA